AUGUUUCGGUCGGGCUACGAGGGCGUAAGGGACAUUCCCCGGACCCUGGAACGGCCAUGGACGCCGCCUGAGAUCGAGGACGGAUCCAGCCCGCGACCAGAUUACUUCAACAUCUACGGUACCUCUCCUCCACAAUAUCCUACCGCAACAGAGCAGCGCUGGCUGAAAGAGGUCAAACGCAUACCCGACCAGCCUUCCUGGGUCACAGAUAGUUUCGGACUGAACACACCCACGAUAGGCCCACGACCGAAACCCAACUCCCGACUCACAGAACCAGCGCCAUACACACCUACGCGGCUAUACUACGACGAUGCAUCGCCUCCACCGUCCAAAGGCGAACUGCGCUAUCCCUAUACGCCCGACAGCUCGCGCGUACUGCGUCGCAACCACACCGAGCGCCCCGGCUCUCCAACGCCCUGGGCCGACGUAUCAGAAGGAACGUCGUCGCCCGUGCAGAACGCCCUCUCGUCGUGUAUCGCGCACUUUGAGAACCUCAUCCAAAUACACCAACCCGACGAAGACCAAUUGGAAUACAUAGUCGGACAAUUCGAAGCCAUGACAGCCCAUCUCUCCACGCCCAGCGCACACACGAGCGAGACACACGACAAGGAGUCUUCUUCUUCUUCUUCUUCUUCUUCCUCCUCCUCUCGAGACGUUGGUCAGGGGCUCGGCAUCACACAAGCAGAGGGUGAGAAAGUCACGGUCCAUGAAGCCCAAACGCUGCAGCACGAGGCUUAUGUUUCGCAAGUAGGCAACUACAUCGCGGGUGUGCAAAAGUACAUUUACGACCUCAAAACGCGCAUGGACGAGGUCAAGACGCUCAAUCGCAUUCAACUCGACGUCAUCAACGAUUUGCGCAAGCAGAUGAAAUUAGUUCGCCAGAGUCUGCGCGACGACUUGGACAAGAGCCAGCACUACUACCACCAAGAUGAUCUUGUAAAUUGUAUGACGCUAGUCGAGGAGGAAGUACAAGAUUUGUCCCGCGAGAUUCACGAGGAGUACUCAAAGUUACUGCGCAGUACUGUUGACACGCUAGUUGCGGAUGAUGUGCCGUCGUCGUUGUCGUUGCCAUCAGCAUCAUCAUCAUCAUCACUGUCCAAGAGGAAGGUCAUUCACAUCAUCCGCUCGCCUCCUCCGAGACGCAGCUUUUGGGCUUCCAUGGGCGAAGCAUUAGAUGCGGUUUCGCACCUGCUGCUGGAAGACGGCUCAUAA